AUGGCGCGCCUAACCUGUUCAGGCUUGGUUGACUGUGGUUUUCUGAGUUCUCUAGAUGACAUACUGCCGUCCAGUGAUGAAUACCCAGAUUUGCAGAAGCGUCCAAUUGAUGGACUGAAUAAGAUUGGCAACUUUAUGCUUGGAGCUGCCCAGUGGAUUAUGUGGUCAGAUGAAUGUCACUAUGUCUACCAGCAAUGUACAAAGGUGGAAAGCGUGUCAGGGUUACGCCAAAUGUGGAGUAUGGAGCGCUGGAGGGAGUGGAAGCGUCAGUUUGCCUUUGUGGCUGGUGAUGAGCGAUUUGCCCAGAAAUACCGGGAGGUGGCUGAACGAUCACAUCGUCAAAUGCUUAUCUGUGAGGGUGAGGACACGGCUGAGUAA